UUAUCUUAGGGACCAAGAGUCAUUUUGCAAAUUUGUAGUAUCAUUUCCCUAAACAACUCAGAACCAAAUUGUGCUUCAGUUCCUCAGUUCUACUUUUUUGUAGAGGCAGACACACAGCUCUGGACUCUUUUUUUGUUAUUGUUUUUUUGGGGGUUUUCUUUGGCACUGCUGACAGAGUUGAGAUAACUUUUUAUUGUACCAUGUAUAACUAUGAAAUACCAUUAACAAGUGAAAGAUGUAAUAAGCUAGACAUCUCUUCCUUUUAGAGAAAGAAGAUGGAAACAUCUUUGGUUUUCUUUUCUCAAUUAAAUAUGUGUGAACCAAAGGAAAAAGCUUUUUUCAAGUUAAUACAUGGUUUAGGAAAAGAAGAAACCAGCAAAGAAGCCAAAAUCAGAGCUAAGGAAAAAAGAAAUAGGCUAAGUCUUCUUGUGCAGAAACUUGAGUUUCAUGAAGAACCCCCCUCCAGCAGAUCUGGGAACUUGGCCAAAGAAACAAGAGUCUCCCGUGAAGAAGCAGUGAUAUGGGGUGAAUCAUUUGACAAACUGCUUUCCCAUAAAGAUGGACUAGAGACUUUUACCAGAUUUCUUAAAACUGAAUUCAGCGAGGAAAACAUUGAAUUUUGGAUAGCCUGUGAAGAUUUCAAAAAAAGCGAAGACCCUCAACAAAUUAUCCUUAAAGCAAAAGCAAUAUAUGAGAAAUUUAUACAGAAUGAUGCUCCACAAGAGGUUAACCUUGAUUUUCACACCAAAGAAGUUAUUACUAAGAGCAUCACCCAACCCACCCUACACAGCUUUGAUGCUGCACAAAGCAGAGUGUAUCAGCUUAUGGAACAAGACAGUUACACACGUUUUCUGAAAUCUGACAUCUAUUUAGACUUGAUAGAAGGAAGACCUCAGAGACCAACAAAUCUUAGAAGACGAUCACGCUCAUUCACCUGUGCUGAGUUCCAGGAUGUAAAGUCAGAUGUUGCCAUUUGGUUAUAAAGAAAAUUAAUUUUGUUCAUUUUGAUGGCAAAUUUGUAAUCUGCUUUUAAGAUAUAGAAUAUUUUACUUUUUACAAGUGGGUACAUCUUUUAAAAUAAAAUACACCAUGUCAAUGGAUUUUUAAAGUGUAAAUCAAAAUUUACAUUCUAACAACACAUACUAUAUCCGCCAAUUUAUCCUGUAAAACCUUCCAUUUGACUUCAUUCCAUUCAUAAUCACAAAAACAUUACUUAACUAAAAAGAAGUAAAUAAGUAAUAAUAUUUUAUGAGACUGUAAAGUUGAAUUAAAGUUAAGCUUUUGCAAAAUUGUCAAUGGUUAGACCCAAUAUCUACUUGGGAUUAUUUUUCUAGAUUAAACAAUUUAUUGCUCAGAUGUCCAUAUAUUCAAAACACAGUUUCCAUACUGAUGAAGACUCUUUCUUUCUCUUUCAGUCAUAGAGAGUGUAGAAGUGAUCUGGUUCUACAAUAGGAGAAGACAAUCAUUUGCUGUUGUGUUACUAACAGUGGCUCAUGAAUAAGCAUUGUAUCACCUCUAGUUAUAAACCAGAAACGGGAACUUUGGGGAAGACACAUUCACAUCUAUAGAACUUCCAAGUUCAACAUAACCCAUAUUGAUAACUGAGAAUAGGAUCCACAUGUGGGCUCAUUCCUAAAUGAACAUGGGCUUACCCAAUAAGUGGAGCACAUUUCUGGUGGUCACAGAAACAUGACCAGGUCAUACAUAGCUCCAGGUUGAGACUAGGAGCAUCUUCUUACCUGCUAACAUAAGUAACCUGGUAUUAAAAUAGUGGCAGUCAGUGGUUUGAAUGACGCCCAGAGGAAGUUUACCCCAGCUGUAGUUAGGUUUCAUGCUUAGACUUUUAGGAUUGGGAUGAAAGUUAGAAAUGAGAGGAGGUAAAAAAGCAAGGAGUCAAAGGCCCUGGAGACUCAUGCAUCUGCUACAUUGGCUCAUAGAAAGAAAGUGUUCCCCAUUGAUCAUGUUCUUAUUUCAAGUCUCAUUGAAUCAUUUAAUUCUAUCUUAUUCAAAAUAAGAUUAUGCUAAUAAAUAUAUGUCUCUACUUUAGGGAAAUAUUUAAUUUGCAAUGUGUGCUGCAUGUAAAUGCCUAUAUAAUUAAAGAUGUCAUACAUUUGGCUUUGGCAAAUGUUAUAUUAGUUGAAAUGUAAAAUAUAAAAAUCAUGGAUUACCUAUAGUAAUAAAUAUUUUUAAUUUC